CAAGGGAGCGCGGAUCAGCAGCUUUCCACGCAGCCUCUACUCGGCUCCGAUGCGUAAAUAUCCCAAGGAAAAUCAUCUUUUCUCCAAACAGAAACACGCAGCACCGAGACGACCAUGGAUGGAGCGUUUUUUGUGUUCUGACGGUUCAAAGUAACCGAUGCCGGACUGAGACUUUACAUAGCCUACCUCAGAGGAUUGUAGUCGGUCGCCUUCUUCUUUGCAAGACACACCGGCAUAUACCUGCUUUUAGAUUAAUAUGAGGGAGAAGAUGUGGAUAUUUUACAGUGCCAACAAUUCAAAGCGUCUUUUUUCUACUUGGAACCAGUGGUGUUUGUGUUACGCUGCAGUGGUGUGUUUGUUGUAUUCGCCUGUCAGGACGGAUGAUGAUUGCCCGUCGUCCUGCAUCUGUGCCAGAGACUCGGGGACGGUGACGUGCCGUGACGGGGAGGACACUGAGGUACCAGGAGACAUACCGGAGUGGACGUCCACCUUGAUACUCAAGGGGAGAAACAUCUCAACUUUACAGCGCGGUGCGUUCAUGACCAACGGCACGGAGUUGGAAAUGACAACACUCUCCCUGUCCUAUAACGGGAUACAGGCUAUUGAACCUUACGCCUUCCUGGGGCUCCCCCGACUGCAUUUGCUGGAUUUGAGCCACAAUCAGUUGGAGUCUAUCUCGGCCAGGGCUUUCCACGGAUUACCUGAGCUGCGCUCUCUUUACCUAAAUGACUCUAUUUUGCCUCCGGCCAUGGUACAGCUCCCAUAUGCGCUCAGCACACAAAGUUUGCACAACCUCCACAGGCUGGAGUUGGCGGGAAACAGACUGAAGUCUAUCCCCCUGAUGAGCUUAGACAUCUAUAACCUCCAUGCGUUAGUGCUGGUAAAUAACUCCAUAGAGAGCAUUGGGUGGGAAAACGUCACCAAUCUGUACCAGCAAAGGCGCAUACGCGUCUAUUUGUCAUUAAACCCGUUUCUGUGCAACUGUGAACUGGAGGCGUUUUACUACUGGCUGAAGAACUCGUCCCAGUGCCCGGAUGUGGGGCUUCUCCUGUGCAGCGAGCCGGAGGCCAAGAGGGGGAUCCCUGUGGAGAAGCUCCGGGGAGAGGACGUGGAUUGUAUGAACGAGAACCUCGAGGCGGUUUCAUACGUGUUCCUCGGUAUAGUGUUGGCUCUGAUCGGGGUGGUGUUUCUAAUGGUGCUGUAUCUCAACCGGGGAGGCAUCAAACGGUGGCUCAACAACAUCAGAGAGGCGUGCCGAGACCAGAUGGAGGUCUACCAUUACCGCUACGAGCAGGACUCAGACCCGAGACUGGCCAACGUGUCUGUUUGACCAGCUGAGACCUCAGGCCGGUGCUGUGUAGUGAGGGGACACGGGAGGCAGUGAUUCAGGAGGGAUGGCGAGCUGGAGAAGUACUUUAUCUAACAGACUGCGGACAUUCCCUGGCAGUGUCCUGACACAAUCAGAAUCAAUAGUUUUUAAAAGCAGUUUCAUCAUUUUCAGCAGCUGGGCCAUGAACUGCAGGUGGUGGGCUGUCCCUCUCACUCUGGGAUAGGCACUGAGCCAAACACAGUUAAAUGACUCUAAGAUACAAUAAGAGUUCUUCUUGCACAACUGAAUACUUUAACCUCUAAGCAGUAUUGUAUAUAUUGUAUAGAUAUGAUAUAUAUAUAUAUAUGUAUAUCAUAUUGUAUAGCCUAGAAGUAUAUCCUCAAGAAAGGAAUGCUUUUCAUGCAUCAUGUUAACUCACACAGUCUAACUUAGUAUUAUUUAUCUUAUUAGUCAAGAGACAAAUAUACAGUAAUGUUAUAUAGAAUUUCAGAUUUAGAGAGCUUGAAUGAAAUGGUGAAUCAGUGGUAUUACUGAAAACUGUAGCCCUUGCAAACAGUUUGAUAAAAUUAAUUCAGGAAACCCCACAGUGAGAACAAACAAGGUAAUUCUGUUUGUAAUCUACUGAGGGAGGAAGAUGAUAAAGAGGGAGGCUUGUGAAGGUAAGGUGAGGCAAGGAAAUCUGAUGUGUGUUGGAGGAGGCGAUGCUGGAGUAAACUGUCAUAUUUCAUCAUCAGCCACAUGGGAUAAGUUUACAACCUUGUCCCUAAGAAACAGUCUUUGAUCUCUAAAAAAUAAGACACGUGUGUUUCAUUUCACACCAGGUCAGUUUAUCAGUAGAGGGACAAAAGAGGAAGAGACAAAACCUAACCAUGCAUGUGAUUGUUGUAGGCACAGAAAUCCAGCCGAAACUUUAAUAAAAGGUCAAAUAGAAAUGGCGAGUUAGCAGUGUUCUUAACGUCAGUGCAUUUUAUCAUCACUGUCAGGAAAUGUUGACUUCAUGCAGCACUGUGCCAGACAUAAAACAGAGGAAAUGUUUCCCUGUAUAUUUUGUAAAAAUAAAAUUGUACAUUUGCUAGCAGCAGGUGUGAGUGAAUGCUUAUGCUCUCUGUGACUCAUACUCUGAACUACAGUGAGAUGUCACAUUGUGGGCUCACCAGAAAAAGUAUAGACUAUUUCAUCUGCUCCUUUCUGCAGCACCAGAGGGGCAGACAGCGUUAAUCUCACCACGACUGAGACUAAUAAACCGUGGAGAAUGGCGAUCGACCCGGGAAGUCGGUAUCUCUCUUUGGCCCAGAGCUCAUCAACUGUGUUAACUAAGGGUCUACAUUACCAUCACAAGGCUUUUGGAACCAAAAUCAAACAUGAAAACCUGAGGGAAAAAAUAGGAGAGUGUGUGUGUGUGUGUGUGUGUGUGUGUGU